UGUAAACUUCUUUGUUGUAAACUUCUUACAUGAUACUAUUAUAAACUGAUGACAUUGUCAAUCUGUUUAGACACUAACUUUUGUCAAUGUAUCAAAAUGUAACCAAAAUAUUUUACUGUUAAUUUAGCUUAUUAAAACCUCAUAUUCUUUAGGUUUUGUCUUAUUUCAAUUUAAUAAGCUAAAUAAAAGCAACAUGGAUAAAUAUCUUCGCCCUGAAAGAUUUGAUAUCGACCCGUCAAAUAGCUCUGGUACGAAAGCUUGGAUACACUGGCAUAAGACUUUCGAAAACUUCAUUUUCGUGCAGAAACCGACCGCUCCAGAAACAGAUGCACAGUCGGUUCCUCCGCCAGAAAAAUGGGACAGCAUAAAGUUUCAGCUUUUGAUAAAUCAUAUAUCACCAAAUAUCUACACAUAUAUAAGCGAAGCCACGAACUACGAAGAAGCGAUCACAAUACUGCAAAAACUGUAUGUAAAACCAAAAAAUCUGAUUUUUGCUAGACACAUGUUAGCAACAAGGAAACAACGACCAGAAGAAAGUAUCGACAUAUAUUUACAAGCUUUGAAAAUACUUUCUAAAGAUUGUGACUUUGCGGCUGUUGAUGCAGAAUCAAACAAAAACGAUAGCGUGCGUGAUGCUUUCAUAUCCGGUAUAUCAUCGCAUAAAAUCAGACAAAGGCUUUUAGAAAACUUAAAACUAACACUUGAUCAAGCUUAUAACCAAGCACUCUCUCUAGAAACUGGAAAGAUCAACUCUCAAAGCUUCCAUACUGUGUCUUUAAAUGCCGUUGAAGAAGAACCUAAAUUAGUCUGUACCAAAUCACAAACUGUGCACGACGAGACCUGCUCUUCUGUUAAUAAUCCUCGACGACGAAAAUGUUUCUUUUGUGGGGGACAAAUACAUCCUCGUAAGAAUUGCCCUGCAUUUGAAAAGUCUUGGCAAAGCCUGAAAAUUGGAAAUCAUAAAUAUGAUAACGUGAAUCUUCUUAUCGUGAAAAAUCUUUGUGCUGAUAUAAUUAUCGGCCAUGACGUCCUCAAAGAACAUUCAUCGCUAGAGUUCUCUUUCGGUGGGCCAAAACAUCCACUUCAAGUAUGUAACGUAGCCGAAGCAUCAGUACCAGCUGUACCGCUUUUUGCAAAUGUAUCUCCCAACUGCAAACCUAUUGCUAUUAAGUCUCGAAGGCACAGCAAAGAGGAUAGUGAAUUUAUUAAAGAGGAAAUCAGAAACCUUACAGAAGAAGGCGUGAUUGAAGAAAGUAAAUCACCGUGGAGGGCCCAAGUACUAAUAACAAAAACCGAAACUCAUAGAAAACGUCUUGUGAUUGAUUACUCUCAGACGAUUAAUCGUUACACAGAACUCGACGCGUACCCUUUACCAAACAUUGAGGACUUAGUUUCGAAAGUGGCAGAGAAUAUAUUUUUCAGCCUAAUAGACUUGAAAAGCGCGUACCAUCAAGUACCUAUACUACCCAAAGAAAGAAAAUUUACCGCUUUUGAAGCGCUCGGAAAUUUGUACCAGUUCAGGCGUAUCCCUUUUGGAAACCACAUACGGAAACAGAAGACCAAAACUUGGAAAUUCCUUCAUCUAAUGAGACGGGACCUGUGGUACUUGAUAAUAGCAGAGAGCUAG